AUGUACACAGACAGACAGUCAGACGGACGGGAAGAGAGUGCAUUUGGUCAGAUUCGAAGAGCCGGGUUCGAAUGCGCGAACUCGUGUACAGACGGAGCGAACGCUGGCCAGUCCGAAAGACUCGAAGGAAGACCGGCAUUGUCCGGAGACGACGGCGUUCGGGGCAGCGGAUUGGCCGCUUCCUGCGAGACCCUCCUUCCGGUCCCGAGUCCCGAGUGCCGCUCGUCACCGGGCAACGUCGGGUUGGAGUGCCGCGUGGCCGGAUUGGCCGGUCGACCCGGCGUCUGGAGCUCGAGCAGAUGUCACUUCGAGUCCCGCCACCUCGGCGACGUCGUCGGGACAGGCGCCCACCCCUUUCGAACCAGCCAGUCCACUUUCAAGGCUGCACGAGGGCGAGGAAGGCGAGCGCAAAAUCGCCGAUCACGAGUCGAGCGCGAAACGAGGCCGCUGACUCAGCGCCGCCUCCGGCGAGCAGAACUGGCACUCGAGAGCUCGAGCCUCGCCUGGCAGGAAAGAGGAGAAAGUUAA